AUGUCAAAUCCAAGUCCAAAUUAUGCUCAGCUGCCUCCGCUCCGACCAUCCUCCCUCAGCUCACAGCCCUUCCCUCCUCUUCCACCAGCGCCACCAUACUCUCCUGUCACGCCGCAGAUGUCUACGGCAAAUCUAGCGGCCGCGACGUCAUCCUUGACCAACGUUGACCCUCGCUCCGUACCCCAUCAUCCUUCAGCUUUGAAAUCUCCUCUGAGCAAUGCGCCACCCUUACCCGAGCGACACGAACCACAGAAUCGAUCACAACCUUCCCUACAGUCGCUCUCUCAACAUGCGCAGUAUGAGCAGGAGCCAGUCCAUCAAGCCCCAGAACACCCUCCAUCACGACCUGUGGCUGCUGCCCCGCAAUUCCAAGAAACCCCCACCAAACCAGUCGACCUCGCUACCAAUCCUGAUGCCAUGGCACUUCGAGCAGCCAUGUCUGUUCUCGAGCUACAGCGACAACAAGCGCUCCGCGACAUGGCAACCCUAGAGCGGCAGAAAGGGAUGGCACUCGCCGAACCACAAGAAUUUGCGGAAGCUCUACAGCGCGGCGACAUAAAGUCAAAAGAUACAUUACGAAAUGGCAUAGAUAGUGCAUACUCCUCCGAAUCCGAAUCCGAUGAAAGUGUGGAACCAAGCCCCGUACCAGAUUCCCGUGACACAGAUGCACGUGAACGAACAGAGGGCAAGGCGGAAAGAGCAAGAGAAUUUGGGGAGCUUCCAGUUGCGCAGAACGUCGUCCGCACACCCCCGAUCAAUUGGAAGAAAUAUCACAUAGUGGGUCCGGCUCUGGAUAAAUUACAUGAAGCGGAGAGAAAAGAUCCUACGGAGGGGAGGCCGAGAACGGAUGAAGAUUUGAGGAUGGAGAUACUGAGAAGCAAGGCGAAGGAAGGACAAGUGGCUACAUUCACGAAUCAGAUGGGUCAGAGGCCAAUACAGGCGCCUUUUGAUCCUUUUAGGGACCAGCUGGUCAGCACGGAGGGGGUCAGAGGUGGCGGUAAUACGGGUGUUGGUGCUGGAGGAGAGAGGAGCGGCUUCGAGACGAUGGAAAUAGCAGCAGAUGAAGCAUCAGUAGAGCCGCCAGAGAAGAGGAGAAAGAGUGUGGCCGGGCCAGGGAAGAAGAAGAAGGGUGCGAAGGGUUGA